GUCAUUCCGGCGCACAGAAAAUACCUGCCUUUUUCUUUUCAGCAGACUCAGUACCAGUACAACCGUCUGCCUUUUUUCGGUUACGCACUUUUCUCAAUAUGCGUAGAGACAGCACUGCAGCCUCCACGCUCAGCGGGAAUGAGAAUCCUGUUUUAUCUGGACGAUUUGCUCCUGCUGGCUCCAUCCAGACAGGAAGCAGCGUCACAGACGGAUAAACUGUUAGCACACCACAGGAUGCUGGGUUUCUCCAUAAACUGGGAAAAGAGUUCUCUCAUUCCGGCCCAAUCCAUCACGUAGCUGGGUGUGGAUUUGAACUCUGUCACCAUGACAGCUCAUCUGUCUCUAACCAGGAAAGAGACUCUGCUGUCACUGUUAGCGCAUGUCAGACCCCGCAGGUCGGUGACAGCUCUAACUAUCAUGCGUCUCCUGGGCAUGAUGUCAGCAGCCCACGCGGUAGUUCCGCUCGGGCUGCUGCACACACGACGUUUACAGCGGUGGUUCCCCCGGCUAAAGAUCGAUCCGAUACGCCACAAGYGCAGGAUCGUAUCGAUCCCCUCCUCAGUGGAGGCAGAUCUGAGCCACUGGGGGAAGCCACACAACACUGUCAGCAGGAGUCCCUCUGAGCAGAGCGACACAUCACGUGCCGGUCUUCACAGACGCGUCACUGUCGGGGUGGGAGGGGGACAUGUUGUCCCAGACUGUGGGAGGCCGCUGGUCUGCCCACCCUGUCCCCCACAUAAAUGUUCUGGAACUUCUGACUGUGUGGAAAGUGCUUGUGCAUUUCAUCCAUCUGGUCCGGGACCAGCAUGUUCUGGUCCACACGGACAACAAAGUGGUAGCGGCUUACAUAAACCGCCAGGGAGGGGUACGCUCCCGGCAGCUGCUGGACACAGCCAGAGAGCUGCGCCUCUGGGCACACACCCACCUGUGCUCAAUCCGAGCGGUCUACAUUCCGGGUGUGCUGAACAGAGGGGCAGACAUCAUGUCCAGGGGGGGUCCCCAGGAUGGGGACUGGGCCCCGCACAUGACCAUAAUUAUGCAAAUCUGGGACAGAUUUGGCAAGGCGGAAGUGGACCUGUUCGCCAGCAGAGAAAACGCACAGUGCGACCUCUGGUUUCUCCCUGAGCUCACGGGACGACCCUCCUCUGGGAGUGGACGCCUUUGCGCGCCGUCCCUGACCGGACAAGCUGCUUUAUGCCUUCCCCCCUGUCCCUCUGAUCCCGCGUCUACUGGAUCGGAUCAGAACGGACAGCCGGCGGGUUAUUCUGAUUGUUCCCGAGCGCACGGGAGCGCACUGGYUCCCGGUCCUCCAGUCAUUACUGUCGGGCCCCCCGCUCCAAYUYCCCUGGCAGGAGGACGCUCUCCUGCAGGCGGGAGGAGCGAUCAGGAGUUUUCCGAGACUGGGCCAGCCCCUUU